UCACGGUCCUGUGCACGCCGUUCGUGCACAUCCCUACGGACAGGGCGAGCGCUCGCCCACACUCGCCCCGUGUGUACCUGCGGCGGGGCCGGCACCCAAGAUCUAUGACACAUUUCCCAAAGCCCGUCCUAAUACACCCAGAGAUAAACGCGUGUUUGUUUUGCACGCGUGUCUCAUAUUUGCGGGCUCUGCCUAUGCAAUGCGUGGAAUUUAUACAUCUGUGCAGACCAAUAGGUAAAUGUGUCACUGUGCUACACCUGUGUACACCAGCGCCUGUGCUUUCUGUUUGAGUACACGUACACCUGUGUGUGUGCGAGGCUCCCCCCGCCCGUGGGGCCGGGCUGCUCCGCACUGCUCCUGGGGCGGGGCCCGUUCCCCAUUCCUGGUUCCCGGUUCCCCGUUCCUGUUCCCGGUUCCCCAUUCCUGGUUCCCGGUUCCUCGGUUCCCGGCUCCCAUCCAGCCCCCGUCGCGGGAUCACCUGGCCCUGGGUGACGGCGAGUCCAUGGCCAGGAAGGAGCCGCUGCUCAGCGCCCUUAAAGGUGAGCCUGGGGCCCCCCGACACCUGUGCGAGCUUCUCCGGGCAGCGCUCCGGUACCGGUCCGACCGGACGGACGGCGGGGCCGCGCUGGGGCUCCCCGGGCCAGCCCCGCCGCCCGACCUUGGCUUGGAGGAACUUCACCCGAGUUCCUGCCCAGCGCGGCGGCGGCAGCCGGGUCGGGCCGUGCCGUGCCGUGCCGGGGUACCGGAUCCCCCCGCGGGGUCGCGCAGAGCUGUCCCCCGGUCCCUGUCCCCUUUCCCCGGGUGCCGGACCCCCCCGGGGGCAGUGCAGAGCUGUCCCCCGGUCCCUGUCCCCUUUCCCUGCUGGGCACCCACGGGUGCCGCCGCUCUCUGUCCGCCCCCAGGAGCGGUGCUGCGGCUGCGGGAGGGCGGCGGUCCCUGCACGGACGCCUCGCCGCACCUCGUGUCCCUCUGCCAGCUGCUGGAGAGCAUCCUGCGCAAGGGGCUGCGACAGCCGGCCUGGGGCUUCCGCAGGCGGGAUUACUGGCACUGGCUGGAGCAGCUCCCCGCGGGCACUGGGCCGAGCCCUCUGUCCGGCAGCAUCCGCAGGGCCGCGGGCUGCGAGCGGGCGCGGACGGCGCGGGGCCGCGGGCGCUGCUUCCUGCGCUCCGCCCUGCAGGGAAAGGCGCUCCCGGCGGCCGUGGGGCAGCUGGCACAGAGCCCCCGGCUCCUGGAGUUUUAUGAUCCAGGGAGCUCCAUCCUCGGCUGUGAAGAUCUCCGGGAGCCUUUCCUCUCGCUGCUGCUGGUGCUGACAGAGAUGGAUUUCUCCCUGGACCUGCAGAAUUGCAGCUUCUUGGACGAGAGCUGGCUGCUGCCGGUGUGCACUACUUACGAGACAGUCCCGUGCCGAGCACUGGGGAUGGUGCUCAGGUACGUGGACGGCCGAGUCUUUGUCACCGAGGUGCUCCCGGAGAGCCAGGCAGAGAUGGACGAGGUGGUGCUGGCCGGUGACAUCCUCGAUGAGAUCAACGGCUGCUCGCUGAGCUGCGCCUCCCCCGGGCAGGCCGGGGCUGUGCUGCAGAGGCUGAAGGGACAGCCGCUCACCUUGCGCCUGCUGCGCUGGCGGUGGCACCACGGGAGGGUCUUUGAGCCUCUGCUGCCCUACCUGGAGGCCCUGAAGGAGAAGGAGCCCCAGUUCCAGCUGCAGCACAGCCCCCGGCACAGGGGAGAGGGGGAGCCCCGGCUGCUGCAGGGGGGCAGGCUGCUCUACAACCUGCGGUUCCUGGGCCAGACCAGCGUUGGCACGUAUGGUGGCAAAGAGGUGCUGGAGGAGGCCAUCCCUGCCGUGCUGCAGAGGAACUUGGCAGCACGGGAGGUUUUAUUUGAUGUGAAGGAGGCAGAAGUCCUUGUGCAGGAGAAGGCUUCUUCCAAGCUGCUCUGCUGCCAUCCCUACCCCUCCAUCUCCUGCGUGGGACGCUGCACGUGGAGCCCCAGGAUCUUCGCCUUCUGCGUGGUCUCUUCCCCCGAGAGCCCUGACGGGAGCACGUUUGACUGCCUGGUGUUUGCAGCCAGUUCUGAGCAGGAAUGCGAGGAAAUCAUCGGCAGGAUCGGUAAGGGAAGGGGUUAUGGCUUCAGCUACCAUCAGUCACACCGUGGAAUACCAGGAAUUCUGUUCCGGUCUGCCACAUGCAGGAUCUGACUUAAUUCCCUCUGUUGAGGUUACUAAGAUGAAGAGAUAUUUCUCUGGUGUGGGAUUUUUUUUUUUAAGGACCACUAGACAAUGAUUUUAUUUUAAGAAACAGCUUCUAGGCAUACCCAGAUGCUUCAUUGUUUCCAGUAAGGACUUGGAGGAAAUACCGUUUUCAAGGGAUGUUAUUUUAAACAUACUUUUCUUGCAGGAGCUGAGGCUGCUACUGCAGCUCAGCACCAAAGCACGCAUUCACAAAAAAAAAUUCUGUGACUUGGAAUUUUUCAUUUUCAAUUGGCCUAAAUGCGAGCUGUGGGGUUCUUCCUGAAUUCCAUGGGCCACUGAGGAUUCUGAUGUUCCAUGGGGACAUUCCUGGCAGGCAGGGUCCCUGGAGAGACCCGCCCGGGUGAUUGACCCGAGAUCACUGAGCCCCACCUUUAGUGUGGGCUGGUGCUUAACUUUGUGUCUAAGUUGUGAACCUCAUUACUUUGUAUCAAAGGAAUCUUUUCCCCUGCAGCUUUAGCAAGUAAAAUAGGAAAACACUUGUUUAAAACCUAUCAUUUCAGAACAGGAUUGUGGCAGGACUCUGCGAGCCAGGGGCUGGGUUUGCUCCAAGUGCUUGGAGCAGUGUAGGACAGGGAGGUGAGGAAGAGGAGGAGGCUGUGUAGGAAGGUGGGUGAGCAGUGCCUGUUCCUCCAGCUGCAGGAUUUAAGCACACCGAGUGGUUUGUCUGAGGGAGGAGCACACCACGAGGCACCAGCAGCUGCCUCCCAGAGCGACUUGGGAUGGAAUUCCUGCUCUUCCUCACCAUCCUGGUGAGCUCCAAUUGACUCGAGUCUGGUGGGAACGGCUGCUGCUCUUCCCCAAGAACACCACAACACUUCCUUCCACUGGAAUAAAUCAAGCCAGGCUGGCUCAACCACUUCCCUGUGCUGCUGUCUGUGACAAGCCCAGCCUCACCUGCAGAGCCUGUUCGGGCAGGGCUGAGCAGCCGUGCCCUCCCCUCAUCAGGGUUAAUUAGUGCCCUCCCCUCAUCACUGUUAAUUACCCCGGGUCAGGCACACUCUGAGCACAGCUGAGGAACCCAGACCUGCCUUACGCCAAGGUUUGAGUUCAGUCACCUUCCAUCCAAAAGCCUGGAUGGGAAAUGAGGAUCUUGGAGCACGCACCCGUGUGCUGCCAGGGUGUAAAAGCAGCUGUGGCCCGUGCAGCUCCAGGACUGGCACAGCCCAAUCCCAGGGGAAUGCUCCCCCCACUGCUCAGGAACAGCCAGGUGGUUUUGCUUCAGUCAGUCAUAACUCCAAAAUAAACUCUCCCUGCAUCCACUGGAAAGGAAGAACGAACUGAAGAGCUCAGCUUGUGCCCAGAUUAGAGAAAAGCCCCCAAAAAGCCACUGCAGCCUCAGCCAGUCCUGGACCCUACACAGCCAUGGGGCUCCCCUCUCACUGGCCACAGCAAGGACUUGAGCUGCUCCAAAUCUCC